AUGACCAAAAGAAACAAUAAACGCCCGCCGCCACCAAAACGUCAAAGAAUUGAAGCAGAGUAUGAUCAGAAUGCCGAGAACAAUGCGAAUUAUCAACAUCAUUUGACGCUGCAAAAAAUGUACGAUACGUGUCAAGAAGUGUUGGACAAACAGAAAAAUCUCGAACAAGUCCAUGAAAAUAUGCUCAAAGAGGUUCUGGAGAAGCAGAAAGAUUUCGAAACUUCCUUAGUCGACAAGCUCCGUUCCGUUGAAAGCGAGCUUCAAUUGAUUCGAGACGACUUGAAGCCAAAAACAGUGAUCGCAGCAGUUCCGGAAGAAACCGAUAAUGAGAAUGAAACUGCUGUGAACGCUAGGAACAAGAUUGCUACCAUGGUAACUACUGGAAAUUACUUCGUGCUAAAACAUGUCUUCAAGAAUGUUUCAAGUUUGAAACACGCAGAUACAAUGUAUAGUGAGAAAGAAGAACAUUUCAGUGUCCCAUGGCGGUUCGUAAUCCAGCGGAGCGAAGAACAUUUCAGAAUUUUCUUGAUCUGUGCUGCUGAGAUGAAUGAUAGAAAAAUGUCUUUUGAUGUUGUAUAUGAAAUCACAAUCAUGUCAACCAAUGCCAGAAAGUGGAGUAAAAAAGCACGCAAUGUUUUUCAAAAUUCAAGACCGGGGAAUGUGAUGGGAUCUGAAUUAAUUGAAUGGCAGGUAUUGGAAAAAUACUUUCUUGUGGAUGGUCAAUUGACAGCUGAAAUUCACGUGAAAAUUAAGAAAGCAACUGGUGUUUACAAAGAUAAUUUGAGAAGUUUCAACGAGACAAUGGAAGAAUUCUCAGAUGUUGUACUACUUGUCAACGAAGAGAAAUUCUUCGUCUCAAAAUUAUAUUUGGCUGCUCACUCUCCAUAUUUCAAAGCCUUGUUUUUGGGAAGUUUCAACGAUUCGAAGAAAUCUGAAAUCAAAUUGACUGGAAUCGAUGCUGAUGACUUCCAGAAAUAUCUCGAACUACUUUAUGGAGAAAAUCCGAUUGAUGAAUACACUUGCGAAGGACUUCUUCUUGUAGCUGACAUGCUAAACACACCAAUGGUCAUUCGAAAAUGCGAGCAGUUUUUACUCAAGGAAUCAAAGAAAACAUUGAAGAAGAAGUUAGAAUUGUCUACUCGAUACAGUUUGAAAACACUCAAGAAGAAAUGCCUCGCUGAAAUCAAAUCGAUUGGCGAUCUUCAAGCUGUUCUGCCUGAAAAUGUGCAAGAUUUGGACAAAUAUAUAAUGGGCGAACUUCUUGAAAAAUCGAUUUCACUUCAUAAUUGA